ACUCUUAGUCAUCCUUGAAGGCUCAGCUCAGGUAUCACCUCCUCCAGAACCCUUUGCUGACUUCCCCAACACACAGUCCCCUCCUUAUCUCAGUACGCUCUACUUGACAGUUUCCUUGUCAGUCUCUCCUGGGAGACUACUCCCGCCCCGGGCGUGCACCCAGCCCCUCACACUAGAGGACCUUAAUGACGCCUGGUGGACGCCUGUACGAAUGAAUCAAUCACACAGCCGGCGAGCCUGAGCAGGAGGCCUGAGCGUGCCGGGAGUUGAAGAACUCCCAUUCAUUCUUUCAUUCAUCUCGGAGCCCCCCAUCCGCCACAUUCACAGGCGCCAAGGCGCGUUGGGGCCACGGGCGCUGCCUGACCAGGGGGUGGAGAACGGGAAGGGGCGGAGCUCGCGAGGUUUCUCCGGAACCCCGAGGCAGAGCAGGGUUGCCUUUGGGGCCCAAAGGGCACGCAGGGUGCCUGCGUCCGGCGAUCCCACCACUCCUCCCCGCCCUUAGGUUCUCUGCAAAUAAUCUAAGUCCCUAGCAGGCCAAGUCCUGGCGCUACCGGGUCCUGAGUCCCGCACCAGCUGGGCCGAGCUGAUCCUCCGCCCCAGCGACUCCCGAGCCGGCGACCCCGGUCUCUCUCAUGGUGUUAUGCUCAGUUCAGAGGCCAGCCAACCGAGGAUCAGGCAGCUGGAGGAUUCAAAUCAGAGCUUUGAAAAACCUUGCUCCUAGCCCAGAGCAUUCCAGCUUACAAGCUUGCAGGGCCUGUGGGGAUGAACCACGCGGAUGAUCUCCCCGGUGGGUAUCAGCUCUACUUGCAACGCCAUUCUGCCUGUGGAUAGCCAGCGUGCUGAGCAGAAGCCUGCCUGCCUGUCCACUGGCUCUGGCUGCUCCUGGAGCCAGGAAUCUGGUCUCACGCUGGGAUGGCCACUUGGUUCAGCUUCAACUCCAGCCCCAGGGGAUGUGUCUGGUCCAGCUCCUCAGGACACAGCUGGAACAGCCCAGGUAACCAGAGGAGCUGAUACAAGCCAUCAGAAAGGGACCCUGGACUGCAAGUUAAAGAGUGGGAGGCUUUUCCCUCCAGCAGCUCCAUGGCCGGGCCUCUCCUGUGGCCCACUCAGUGGUGUCGGUGGUCAGGUACAGUGCCCACUCCCGACUAGAGCUCCUGUGCUGCCGCAAGCCAAGAGAAUCCAGCAGUGGGCACUACGCCUCCUGCACGUCCCCCAGCUUGCCUGCCGCCCACACCAGCAGCUUCGGCCCCCGCCCAGGAAAGGCCAGCAAAGCUUCCUUCCUUCCUCCGGGAAGCACAUCUAUCCAGGGCAGGCUCAUCCCCGGUGGCCACACAAUGGCCCUUAUCAGCCACGGAGCCAGGCGCAGAGACCCUGCGCACACACCAAGCCUCACUUAUUUCCUGUUUCCACCCAGCGGGUCAGGGCUGGCCCAGAGCGGCCAUAUCCUGAUGGGGGCCAAGAAGAGAGCGAGCACUACCCCUUCCCUUUCCCGCCUCUCACUCGCUUCUGGACUCACCCCACCCUGGCACAGCAGUUGUUAUUCUACAGACCAACUGAGACUCCUAUGUGGGUAGAGAUGGAACUGAUUCAAACCCAGGUCUUGACCUCGUUCCUGUUUCUGGUCCUGCCUGACACCAUAGCUGCCUGCGUAACUUCAGGGGAUCAUGCCACCUCUCUGAGCUUCGGUUUCCUGUCUGCCAGGUGAAGAAAUGAGUCUUAGAGGGGAAGUAAUUUUCCCAAAGUCACACAGCUACUGACUGGUGGAGCCAGGAUUCAAGACCAGGUGGCAAGGACCACACAGGUGUUCUUCAUCACCAGGCCACCCUCUCUUAGGCCUCACUUUCCCCAUCUGUAAGAUGGAGACAAUGGUAGUCACCUGUAGUCACCUUAGAGGGUUGCUGAGAUAAUUAAAUGAGAUAAAA